AUGAAAGCCAUCAUCGUCUUGCUGCUCGCAGGCUUGACCUACGCUCAAAAUCUCGCGUUCGAUUGCAGUCGCAUUCCUGAAACAUGCAAGAACAUGUGUUAUGGAGUCAACUGCAGGAAUCUCCCUACCCGGAUGACGUUCGACGACCCGAGUGCAGCUACCAAGAAGCAGCGUCGUGACGACGCCGGGUGCACCAAGCCGAACAGGUGUAACGGGCGUACAGACGGAAUGACUACAUGCGACGAAUUUCCUUUUGCUUCUAGCCAGGAGGGUGGCGGCAACGCGGUGACUCGCUGUGUGAGCCAGGCAGAAUGCUGGAGCCAGGGAGGCUCCUUAUCCGGUUUCUAUCGGGGGUUGAGAAAUAACCAACAGAGCCGUUUUACGAUCUCGUUCACGAACGAGGGUAACAUUCCGUGGUGCGUAGGGCCCGGGUACGGCGGGUGCACCAACGACGGCGAAGAGUAUCAGCACGGUGCACCGGCACGGCGCAGGGACCUCUCUGGCGACCUGGGAAACAUUACCGCACCAAAGGCGGGCUAA